CGACCUAACCUUAACUAAAGCGCGUGUUUUGAAACUGUUCCAAUGUAGCGAUUCCGAACAUUAAUUAAAACAAUUUAGAAUCAUGUCGGAUGGGAGCAAGAUAUUCCUACCGUGCCGCAGUCUGGGUUACGUAAGUAACCACAUUCCGUUACGGAUCAGGUACAUAAAAAGCCGCAAGGAGCACCUUAUAGUAACGUGCGUGGGCAAAUCUUUUCACACUUACGGAAUUUCGCACUUCGGUUUAUUGAGCGUCGGCGGACUUCAUCCGAGUGAUAUUACUUGCGUCUGCACGGACGCUUAUCACGUGUAUACCGCUUGCGAAAAUGUGAUCUACGCCUGGCGAAGAGGCACUGAAUUAAAGCACGUUUACCGUGGCCACCACGGACGGGUGCAUUUGAUGUUACCCUUCGGCCCCCACUUGAUAUCCGUGGACGAUCACGGUAGAGUAAAAAUCUGGGAUAUAAAGAAUGAGAGCGUUUAUCUGGAGCUUACAUUCGAUAAAAAUAAGUUUCACAUAACGGCCUUGAUGCAUCCCAGCACUUAUAUAAAUAAGAUAUUGUUUGCGAGCGACAAAGGCCAAAUGCAGUUGUGGAAUAUCAACAAAGCGAAAAUGGUCUACUGCUUUAAACAGUGGGAUACGGGCAUAAGUUGUGUUGAGCAGGCUCCCGCUUUGGAUGUUGUCGGAAUAGGAUUCGUUGACGGCAAGAUCGUUAUUCAUAACCUCAAAUUUGAUGAGACCAUAAUGGAGUUCACUCAGGAUUGGGGGCUGGUGACGAGCAUAUCCUUCCGGUUGGAUGGCCAUCCCAUUAUGGCAACAGGUAGUACCUCAGGCCAUAUAGUCUUCUGGAACCUGGAGGAGAGAAGGGUGAGCAGUCAGUUACUCCAUGCUCAUGAUGGACCCGUCACAGGCAUGAUCUGCCUACCUGAUGAACCUUUAAUUUUAACAUCAUCCCCUGACAACGCUUUGAAGUUGUGGAUAUUUGAUAUGCCCGACGGGGGCGCCAGGUUAUUGCGGCUAAGGGAAGGGCAUGCCGCUUCACCUUCUUACAUAAGGUUUCACGGGGCAAACGGACAUAACAUCUUAAGCGCGGCCGCAGAUUCUACUUUAAGAAUAUUCAACACGCAGACGGAACAGUUCAACAAGAGUCUGGGCAAGGCGUCCUACAACAGGAAAGUUAGCAAGAAAAGGGGCCGUGGGGUCGAAGACCCGUUAAAAAUGCCGCCGAUAGUGCAGUUCACAUCGGAAACCACGCGCGAGAAGGAAUGGGACAAUAUAGCGGCUAUACAUUUGGGUAUUAGGGUCGUUACAAGUUGGUCCUAUGACAAGAAAAAAAUGGGGCAAUUGAAACUGGUUCCCGAGCGUUUCCAGAAGAAAAUAUUAAAAGGCAACAUAGAAGUGGUCGCCACUUGCUUGUGUUUAAGUCAUUGCGGAAAUUUCGUAGUUGUCGGGUAUAGUACGGGGCACGCGGACCGGUUUAAUAUGCAAUCAGGUAUUUGGAGGGAUAGUUACGGGACCCCAAAAGCGCACGGUGGUGCGGUAAGAGGCCUAGCGACCGACGCCCUAAAUAAAAUUGUAGUAACAGGCGGAGGCGAGGGGCUGGUCAAAUUUUGGAAAUUUAAAAGCAAAGGCUCCGACCACCUGACCGCGUUAAAUACCGAGGAACCAAUAAAAUUCAUAAGGUCGCACCGGGAGGGCUCGUUACUGGCCGUGGCUUUGGAAGAUUUCACCGUCUCUUUGGUGGACACGGACACUAGGCGGGUGGUGAGGAGGUUCGUCGGCCACUUUUCCGCCCUAACGGACGCCACUUUCAGCCCCGAUUCACGCUGGUUAGUCACCGCAUCGAUGGACUGCAGUAUACGGACGUGGGACAUCCCGUCCGGUCAGCUCGUCGAUCAGUACUCUACCGACUCGCCUUGCAUCUCACUCGACCUGUCUCCGACCGGAGAAGCUUUGGCGACCGCCCACGUUGAUAAUUUGGGAAUAUUCCUGUGGACCAACAGAACCCUUUACCAGAAGAUAACGCUCAGAGGCUUGGAGCCGGCCGAGGAACCUCCUCUCGUCCAGUUGCCAGAGGUAUAUCAAGAAUUUGUGCCGGAAGAGAAGCAAGAAGCGGCUGACGAGCCAGAAUUCUUGUCGCCGGAACAGAUCAGCAGGGAUUUGGUGACAUUGUCCGGCUUGCCGACCUCUAGGUGGCAGAACCUGCUCCAAGUCGACGUCAUCAAGCAGCGCAACAAACCGAAAACAGCUCCGAAAACGCCGAAGGCGGCGCCCUUCUUCCUGCCCACCGUGCCGACCUUGAACGACUUUCAGUUUGACCUAAAACAGGCGUUACCGCCCGAGGAGGGGCGGAGCAAACUGUUGACGCCCUCAGACUUGACGAAUUACACCGAAUUCGGCAAAAUGCUCGAUCAGUCGCGGAAGACGAAUGACUUCACGCGACCCCUGUCCUUGCUCAAGGAGUUCGGGCCGUCCACCGUAGAUUUCGAGAUCAAAUCGUUGGCACCGGAGGGCGGUGGCUCUGUUGAAAUCAUGCUGCAGUUUAUGCGGAUCAUCGAACACAUGCUCAAAUCGAACAAGGACUUUGAGCUGGCUGAAGCGUAUCUGGGGACAUUCCUGAAGUCGCACGGGACUUUGAUUGCCGAGAAAGAAGAGUUGAGGAGUUUCCUCACCCAUCUGCAGAGCUGCCACGACGUGGUCUGGAGCAGGCUGCAGGAUAAGCUCCUCUACGCCGUGUGCGUCGUGCAGAACUUAAAAACGAUGUGAUUUUUUCUUUU